AUGUUAUCUUCACUCAAGACUUCCCUUGCCACUUUGCUCCUCGUUGCAACGGCGACCUCUUUCUGCAGCGCAGCCAACAAGCAGCCAUUGAUCUUCGAUUCGGACUAUGGUCCUUUUAUCGACGACGUUUUCGCUUUGGGAUUGUUGGUCAAUUCCUUGGAUAUCGUCGACCUCAAGUUGGUUCUUGCCACUUCCGAUCGUCCUGAGCUCUCUGCGACAUGCAUUGCUGCUCAGCUGGAACUCUCUGGUCACUCCGAGAUUGAAGUUGCUGUAGGUUCCCCUUUCCCUGACUACUCUGAGCGUGGAAGUGUCUGUGCCAUUCAAGGAAUCUUGGGAUUUGCCAUGGAACCUGAAUGUAAUCAGUAUUCGGGCCCUCCACCUAUCCAGAACGGUGUUGAGUACAUGGCCAACAUGAUCAUGGACUCUGGUCGAGAUGACUGGUGGUACUUGGUGGUUGGUGGUCAAUCGUCUCUCCGUGCCCUUAUUGAGGCAUACCCUGAGGCUGCUGCCAAGAUUGACACUGUCAUUGUCAUGGCUGGAAAUUGGUGCGCCGAUUUCGAACCUUACCCAGAUGUUAUGGCACCAACGGACGAAACCAAUAUCGGAUGUGACCCGGCUGCCGCUAACUUUGUUCUAGAUGGAAACAACAUCCAAUUUAAUAAUGUGUACUACGUUCCUGUCGUCAUGGCUGACGAAAUCGGUGGAGAUGACUACAAGGUUUUCGUGGAUGCCACUGAAACAAAUGCUGCAGCUAAUGCAACUUUGACUUGGUACAAGAUUUGGUCGGCAGCUGGCCGAGCAGAUGAAAAUCUUUUGGUUCAUGCCGAAGCCAUGGCGUACGAUCCCGAUACGGAAAGUACUCCUCAAUUUGACCCUGUGGCAGUCAUGUUGGCGCUGGAACUCUUGGUCGAUGACUGCGACAGAAUGACGCUAUUCGAAAUGGAAGGAAUUCAUUUCUUUGAAGCCGACGACGAGGGUUUGCAGCCAUUCCCGAACGCACCACGUUCAGCAUUUUCGCUUCACACUGGAAUUCCUGAUACAGCUACCCUCCCUGCUGAAUGUCCAAACAUUACCAGUUUCACGUUCAACGUGACUGAUACCCCGGAAAUGGAGUAUCCGGUCCAGGUAGCCCUGGGCUUCAACUCUCCUGCUGACAAGGCCGCUGUAUAUGCGGAUAUGGCUCGUCGUAUGGCUGGCGAGAAAAUUCUUUGUGGAAAGGACACCUCCACUCUCUUCACAGACCCACCUGUCGAGACUCCAACUGACGCUCCGGUCACUCCAGAAGCUUCACCAACUGUUGCUCCUGUAACUCCAGAGGCUUCACCAACUGUUGCCCCCGGUGGAGAUUCUGGUGUCUGCACGCUUGGACAUGUCAGUGCCAUUACCGUGGCUUUGAUUUCGAUGUUGUUUUAA